CCGUGGGGGUCACGGCGGCUCCCACCUCAGAGCUGGCGGUGGCCGAGGCAGCCGAGGGCCAGUUUCCCGGGCGGUAGAGCGCGGAGCUCUGAACUGUCUCGGCCCCGCCCGGUAGUCCUCAGGAAUGUUCGGUGCUAGGGGCACUCUCCGGGGUCCGCCUGAGCAACGGCGCCGGGUGCGGCCGAGGCCGCCCGCGGCAGCCUGACGGGGGCGCCGAGGAGCCGGCCGGACUCUUCCUGCUGGCGGAACCAAAAGCGCAGCGCUGGAGGCUGGUGGGGGUUGUCGUCGGGCGCACCGGCCUGCGCUGUGCCUUCGCCGGCUGCUGCAGGAGACGGCUCACCAUGCUGCCGCUGCUGCGGGCUGCCGCCUGCCGCAGCACUGCCGCCGCAGCCCCGGCCUCCGCCGCAGCCACCGCCUGGCUUCGGAGCGCCUCAUGCCGCGGGUUCCCAGCUGUCUGCCGCCGGCGGGCCGCCCUGCCCGUCGCCGGAGGGGCACAGCAGGUUACAUCUUUUCAAGGAGCCGCUGUUCGAAGCCUAUGCACAUCUGCUCCUCAUGAACACCCAGAGCAUGGAAGAUUAGUUUAUAAAGGAAAUUUGGCAAAGGCAGUGUUAGGUGUGAAGUUUUUCUCUUACUCCACCAGUAUUUUCAACCUGUUCACGAUGCCCUACAUCAUGCUGAAAACGGGUGUUGGGUUUGACAGCCUGCUUGGCCAGGCUGCCUUUUAUGGGGUGGUUGCGUUCUUCACAUUUGUGACGCCAGUGACCUUGCAUGUCCUCACCAAAGGCUACGUGGUUCGACUCUAUUACAAGGAUGAAGUGGACACAUAUACAGCCAUUACAUACAAUGCCAUCUUGGCAGAAAAAGCGACUGUGUUCCACCGGAAAGAUGUAAAGAUUCCAGACAUCAGCAAGAUGUUUACAACAUUCUAUGCUAAAACAAAAUCGAUGCUUGUCAAUCCAUCGCUUUUCCCGAAUCCCCAGGAUUUUAACCAUCUUAUGGGCCAUGACAUGUCUUUGUAUUUUGACUUUGAGGAGGAAAAGAAAACUGGUGAAACAAAAUAGUUACAAGAUAACAAAUGCCACUAUCAUUGUUCCUGGUGCAUUACUGUAAAUGUGAAAGAAUUUAAACUUCUAUUACACUGAAGUAUCAGAUAGCUGGAGUUCCUCAGAUGUAUUUUGGAAUGUAUAAACCUUUCCCUGUUUUUUAAAAACUUGUACACAAUGUAAGGUUCUCAUCAGAGUUAAUGUCACAAAACACAGUAAAAAAAAUAUUCUUAGAUCUGUCUUGUGAUUGUUUGUUCUUGGCUUGGUUUUGUAUUGCUAAUUAUCGAGGAGAAUUGUAAGAUGCCUGGGUGAUGCAGCACUCUCACCUUCUCCAAGAAUGAAGGAACCAUUCAUGCAACAAAAAACAUCAGUGCUCGUUAUCUGUCAAAUACAUGGUUAAUCUUUGAAGCCCUAGUGGUUAAUUGUAUGUAAUGAAAAAGACCAGGGUUUCUUGUGAGUGCUACUGGUGGUAUCAAGUGGGUGGAGAUGCCUUUCACUUCCCUUUGUGAGAGCAUUCUUUGUGAGAGUAGCCAGGAGGAAUGUUUAGAAAACAGACAGGUAUUGUUGCUAGUUUCUGCAGCAGCCCCAACCUCGAGGCCUGCAGGCCUCUGCAGAAAACGUGGAGAACAGCUUCCUCGCAGUACUCUCCAGUUACUUGACUUCAAGUCCCACUGGAGCAACGCUGUCCCGAGAGAACAGCAAGCAGCUUCUCUUGUGUUGGUUGUAGGGGAAACAUCUGAGCAUGAGAUUUGCUCUGUGGAGAUUUCACUGAAAAAGGCUGCUGUAUUUGAACUGAUAUAACGAAAAUACUAUUGACUAGUGGUUAAAGUGGAUUCUGUCAGCAUUUAGGUAAGGGUGAGGAAGCAAAAGGGAGUAUCCCACAGAGUACUGGUUAGAUUUUGUGCCUUUAAAAAACAUACAUCUUGAUGUUGCAAAGAACACCACCUUGAGCUCAAAUAAAAAGAGGAUUAGAUACUUUUGUGUGACUAGACUGAUUAGCUUUGCACUCUGAAUAUGCAGAAAUUGAGUUUAAAUAUUUUUAGCCAUUUGUCAUGUAAACUGAUACUUGUUUUCAAAUAAGGAACUAAAUAUCUUGAGGCCUAGAAAAUAAUUUAAAAAUUCAAAUGAAUCCUUUUGUAUUAGCAGUGCCCUAUAUAAUAAGUAAAUAUGGUACUUGCUACUAAUGAAAUCAUCUUGAUACUGCAAAUGAAAUAAGAUAAUUGUAGCUACCUUUCCCAAUAUUUCCUAAGUUCUAACUGAAAAAGAGUAUUUAAAUGCCUAAAUGUCUUCCAAGGCUAUUGCAGUUUCCCACCAGAGGACCCUAUAGAUCAUACUAAAACAUCAGUGUUUUAAAAUGUUAUUUUUUUGACUGUUUAAACUGCUCUUGAUGUAUUUGCUGAGUAAUGAAAAACCAUCCCAUCCAGACGUUACUGAGGCUUUUUUUUUUGUGUUGGCACAGCUAUAAUUUUAAAAGCCCAAUCUAGCCCUCUUAAGCCAGUGUUGCUUCAUAGGUAACAUUAAUACUGAAAAAAUAUUUCUAUAAGUGAUAUUGAAGAUGUAAGGAUGGAAACAAGCAAUUCUGAUCACUCAUUGUACUAACUGCCCUAAUUGAAAUGAUGAU